AUGAAGCCGCAAACAGGACGGAUCGUCAGCUUGCUAUAUGCAGUGUUGAUGAUGCUGCUGAUGAUCGAUGCAGUUUGUGGAAAAGCUCAAUAUGCAUCACCUUUCAGUGGUGGAACUUAUGCAAUCCCAGGAGUGCAAUCUAUAUGGUCGGGUUCACCGAUUGUGGUCAAUGAUAAUCAGUUUAGUGCCCAAGAACAGCAGCAACAGCAGCGGCAGUAUCCAAAUAUAAAUGGUUAUUAUGCAGCGGAGGCUCCCAGACAAACUUAUCCAAAUUGGAAAAGAGAGGACGACACCUUGCCUCUAUAUCAGCCAAGUUGGAGAAGUGAACCAAGAAGGGAAGACCUCCAACCUCCUCCACGUUACCCAAAUCACAAUUACAACAAUGUCCCAGGCUACUUUUACUACCAACAACAGGAAACUACACCAACAACACCAAAUACCAAACAAUUUCAACAACCAUAUCCCCAACAUUCCUCUAGAGAGCUGGAAUCCAGCGAUUCACGCCGCGAGGAGGAGCAAGUAGUCCAAAUUGGUGGCAGUCGCUCGCUAGCCACAAAUAACUAUCAAAAUGUGUACACCAACGAUGGUAACUACUAUCAACCCGCCCAACCUUGGAGGCAACGUGAUUUUCAGGCCAAAUAUGCACAGCAUUUUGCCAAUUAUCUGCGUAAAUAUCCCAGACGCCUGCAGCCAGUCUACGAUGUCGGUGAAGAUUUCGAUGAGAAGUAGAGGAGAGUAGGGGAUUAUAUUCCCCCUAUACAAAAUGUUGCCCUGUAAAGAAGCCAAAAAAUUGAAUACAUUCCCCUAAAGAGCCAUUUUGGUUGUUUGCCAAGAAAAUAAUUUUCUUUUUGGUAUUUUCUUGGGCUGAUUGAUCUGCUAGGGAUAAGAUAAGAGGGCAAAAGUUAAAAAUAUCAACACAAAAAUUACGAGAGGUAAUAAGUACUCUGUUUUAUGAGAGUAAUAUAAGAAUUUAUUGGACUUAAAAACAUUUUAAAAAUGUAUUUGUAAUUGGUAAUUAAAAGAAAAUAAAUCUUAUUAAUGAUUAAUAAAGAAUAUUAA